CAUUUCCCCUCCCCCUCCUCUCUUUCUGGUGAACAGUUUAAUUUCACUUUCAUUUUUGUGGAGGAUUUCUGACGCACUUCAGUUGAUUUCUGGAUCCAGCAGUUGCUUGAUGUCUCCAGCUGACCGACAGUAUGGACACAGCAGCAACAGGCACAGAUGUGUCCCUGAAGCGCAGCAGCAGCUAUGAAUAUCUGCCACCUUCAAUGUCUGAGCUGAGGGUUGUUCUGCUGGGGAACAGCUGGUCUGAGAGAAGUUCAGUGGGAAACUUCAUAAUGGGAGUGACUGAGUUCAGCAAAGCACCUGAAUGCUGUGUGAGAAUCAGUGGACCAGUGGAGGAGAAGAAAAUAGUUGUCAUCAACACCCCAGAUCUGCUUCAUCCCAACAUCACUGAACACAAACUGACAGAGUUUAUACAAGACUGUGUCAAUGUCUCUGAUCCUGGACCUCAUGUGUUCCUGCUGGUUCUACAGCCUGAAGACUUCACUCUGGAACACAAACUGAGGCUCUGCAGAGUCCUUCAAAAUUACAGUGAUCGAUCAUUUGAUCAUUCACUGGUUCUGAUAUCAACACCCAGAGAGGAAAGUUCAGGUUUGAUGGAAAACUCACCAUUAAAAGACAUGAUCAGAAGGUGUAGAUACAGAUGCCUGAAGCAGAAGAACCUGGACCGUGCAGAGCUGUUAACACGGUUGGGUCAAACUGCAAAGGAGAACAAUGGAAAACAUGUUUGUCAUGAAAGAUUUGAGGAAUCAGUGGAAACUUUACCAGGUGAUCAACAGAUCCCAAAACAACAGAGAACAACAACUCCUAUCACAGAUGCUGUUAAAGCUGCUGGGCUGCAUGAGCGUAAACAAAUGACUCCACAGCUCUCACACUCAGAAAAAAACCCUCUGUCUCACACUUCUGUCCUCAGGAUUGUGCUGCUGGGGAAAAGUGAUGACAAAAAGACAAAACUUGGGAACUUGAUCAUUGGAAACCAAGGUUUUCAUUACCAAAAACAAAUCAGGCAGUGUGUGGCCUCCUGUGGAGAGUGGAGAGGAAAACCAUUAACAGUGGUGAAAGCUCCAGACAUGUUCAGUCUGUCUGAGGAAGCAGUGAUAGAAGAGGUGAAGAAGUGUGAGACUCUUUGUUCUCCUGGACCAAAUGUUCUGCUGCUGUUAGUGAAACCUUCUGAUUUCACUGAGAAGAACAGACGAACACUGAAGUUCAUCCUGAGUCUGUUUGGUCCAGAUGCUUUUAAACACUCGAUGGUCGUCAUGACAGAGAAGAAGAGAGGAACACGAUGCACUGUCAACCAGCUGCUUCAAGACUGUGGAGGAAGACUCUACAACAUGUCUGAAGAUAAACACCAACUGUUGAUGGAGAAGAUUGAGAACAUUGUGCGUGAAAACAAAGAAACCUUCCUCACCUUCUCUGAAGAGCCUGAACACAUGAAACCAGCUUUAAACCUGGUUCUGUGUGGGAGGAGAGGAGCAGGGAAGACUUCAGCAGCCGAGGCCAUUUUAGGUCAGACAGAGCUUCAUUCAGUCUCCAGCUCAUCAGAGUGUGUUAAACAUCAGGGAGAGGUGAGAGGACAUCAGGUUUCCCUGGUGGAGCUUCCUGCCUUGUAUGGAAAACCUCAGGAGGAAGUGAUGAAGGAAUCAUUCAGGUGUAUCUCCCUCUGUGAUCCUGAGGGCGUCCACGCCUUCAUCCUGGUCCUACCUGUGGGUCCCCUCACUGAUGAUGACAAGGGAGAGUUAGAGACCAUCCAGAACACAUUCAGCUCUCGAAUCAAUGACUUCACCAUGAUUCUGUUCACUGUGGAGUCAGAUCCUGCAGCUCCAGCUGUUGUUGACUUUAUAAGAAAGAACAGAGACAUCCAGGAUCUGCUUCAGAGCUGUGGAGGAAGAUCUGUUGUUGUCAACAUCAAGAACAAACAGCAGAUCUCUGAGGUGUUGGAGGCUGUGGACAAGAUGGGAGUUGAAGGAUCCAGGUGCUUCACAAAGGACAUGUUCACCCAGGCUCAAAUGGACAUGGUUUCAAAACUCAAAUCUGAACUUCACAAUGUGAAACAAAAGAAAGAAGGUAAAGAAAAUCAGAGCAAAGAGCCUCUCAGGAUGGUGCUGAUUGGCCGGACUGGCAGUGGGAAGAGUGCAACAGGAAACACCAUUCUGGGCAAAAACCAUUUCACAUCUAAAGCCAGCUCAAAGUCUGUCACCAAGUUUUGCCAGAAAUCAUCAGGAGAGAUUGAUGGACAGUCUGUUGUUGUGGUCGACACCCCCGGCUUGUUUGACACAAGUCUGUCCAACGAUGAUAUUCAACAGGAGCUUGUGAAAUGCAUCAGCAUAUUGUCUCCUGGACCUCAUGUGUUUCUACUGGUGCUGCAGAUCGGUCGAUUCACACAAGAGGAAAAAGAGUCUGUGGAACUGAUCAAGAAAUAUUUUGGCAAGAAAUCAGGAGAUAACAUCAUGAUUAUAUUCACCAGAGGAGAUGAUCUGAAGAAUCAAACAAUUGAGAGUUACAUAGAAGACAGUGAAGACUUUGUCAAAAAACUGAUAUAUGACUGUGGAGGGAGAUACCAGGUCUUCAAUAACAACAAUCAGACAGACCGCACACAAGUCAGACAGCUGAUCACAAAGUCAAAAACAAUGGUGAAGGAAAAUGGCGGCAGCUGUUACACCUCAGAGAUGUUUCAAGAAGCUGAGGCAGCGAUACAGAAGGAAGUGGAGAGAAUCCUGAAGGAGAAGGAAGAGGAAAUGAAGAGGAAGGAGGAGGAACUGAAAAGAAAACAUGAGGAAGAAAUGACAGCAGUGACGAGAAGAAUGGAAGAACAGAAGGCAGAAAUUGAACUGGAGAGAGCUAAACAACUUAAAGAAAUGGAGGAAAACAUCAAAAAAGAGCAAGAAGAGAGACAUAAAGAGCAGGAAAUGAGAGAAGAGGAAGAUAGGAAGAAGAAAAAGCAGGAAGAAAUUCAACAGCAAGAGUGGGAGCAAAAACUUAAAGAUCUGGAGAAACAAAUAAAGUCUGAAUCAAAGGAAAAGGAAACUAUUGACAGACAGCUGGAACAGAGCAGAGAGGAGAUGAGAAAACAACAUGAGACCUGGGAAAAGGAAAGAAAGGAGGGGUGGGAGAAACGAUAUCGAGAAGAUGAACAGAGACGACAGGAGGAGCAAGAAAGACUGAAAAAACUCCAAGAAGAAUAUGAACGGGAAAGAGAAAAAUAUGAAAUGAAAAGAAGAAAAGAAGAACGAAUCCGAAGAGAACAAGAGGAGAAGGAGAGAAACGAAUUAGAGGAAAAUUAUAAGAAAAAACUGGAGGAAAUGAAGAAGAAAUAUGAAGAAGAGGCCAGAAAACAAGCUGAAGAAUUCAAUGAGUUCAGACAGAAAUACAUGAAAGACUUUGAAGCUCUGAUGGAAAAACAUGAUGAGGAACUCAAGGCUCUGAAGGAGACACACAGCAAAGAUUACAAUCUGUUACUCAAUCUCUCCAGUCACAAAGAAAAGGAACUGAAAGAAGAAAUUGAGCGAAAAGAAAAAUUAGUUCAAGAUGAAAUGAAUGAAAAAACAAAAGUAAAAGAUGAAAUGAAGGACAAAGAAAAACAACUCAGAGAACUGGAGGACUUGAAGAAAAAGCAACAACAAGAAAUAAAUGAUCUGAAGAAGAAAUACAAAAAGAAAUGCACCAUCUGCUGAUGAUGCUUCCUACAGCUGGAACUAUCAAUAUUAUUCAUUAUGAUGUUACAAGCUCAACAUAAUUUAAUCAGCAUCAACGCCUUGAACACACACACAGUAAAUCACAGUUUUAAGGAUAUUAUUGUUUAUGGUUUAAGGAUGUGUACUAACAACAGAAAUCAUGUCCAUUACAAAAAAAUUUACCGUGAGAAAUCUUUGAAUAGACAUUUGAAACGGCUAUUGGUAUUAUUAUUAUUAUUAUGCCUAUUAUUGUUUUGGGGUUUUGUUGUAAAUACUAUAUAUUAGGAUAGGACUUAAUACAAUGUGUUUAAUUGGCAGUAUGUAUAUAUAUGUCUAUAUAUUCAUAAUUUCAGAUCUUUCAGUACGAAAUGUGCAUUUAUUUGUUUACUCUUUUGAUUUUUAGUAUUUAAUCUGCAUUUAAACAAUCACUCAGUCCUAACAAUUGUUUCCUCAUUUGCAUUGAUUAAACAAAGUAUUGGAUCCGUUAAUAUAAUGUAAAUGUAAACAAAUCUUUGAAAAUGAAAUGGUUGAAAAGUAAUCUUGUAAUGUUUAUAAUUUCUUCAGAAUUCAUUGUAUAAAGAGAUUCAACCUUAACAAUUCACAUUAAAAUCAAGAAUUUCAAGAAAAAAAUGAUGAAUAAUAUAUAAUAUAAUAAUAUAUGACCAGAUCUUUUGUUCUGUACAGGAACAAAGACCUUUUAAAAGUUGUGCACAGUCAACAACAAUGUACCUGUUUUUGCCACAUUUCUCUCUGAAUCGACCGUAAGCAGCCUUUAGGACGACCAGGAACAGCAUCAACAUGAUUCUGCUGCUCCAAAAGACCCAUGAAAAAAACAUUCUUAUCUCUCUUAUUUUCAAUAGUUCAACAACACAGCCACAUUAUAAUGAAGAUAGGUUUUUGACACAGAUCAUCAGAACCUAUGACCCCAUUGUGUCUGGAAACUGAACAAAAAUGAGCAAGUUAUUAGUGACAGGUACUUCACCUUAUUAGAGAAUUAAUAAUGUUAAUAUCAACCACUGACACAAAGUAGGCUGACAUCCAUGCAGCAACAGUCACAGAAUAACGGUGUAAAUGGUGUAAAUGACACAUAGCAGCUAGCUCCAUAAAACAAUGGAGAAAAUACUGUAGCCUAGCUAACUGACAUGAGUUGUGUAUAUAUCAAGUGAGCUAGGUCAACUAUACAACAAAUCACUCCACAACAAAAUACACACGACAAGUACGGUCACCUGAAACAAAAGACGGACUUGAUGCAAAAAUGUAAAUCUUCAUCUCAGAGAGGUU